GGCUCACAGAAAGCAGUUCCAUCUCAAUCCACUGGUAGAGCAACUCGUUAUACUGUUGACUCGAAUGUGACAGCAUCUGUGGUCAGACGUGAUUCCGGAAAGAAACGCCAUUUUUCACCCACUGUGAGGACUAGCAAGGUUCUGAAGGAUACGCCCGCUUCCCUCGCCAGCCGAGAACACUUUCUCUCAUCCUAUGGAGAAGGUCGAGAAAGAUCACGACGGCGGCAUACCACACCGGUCAAGACGAAUACCGCAUUGAGGCGCAAUCAACCGAAUACGUUACAUUCUGGUCUACAACAACCUAAACGGCGUGCUACGGUUGUCAAUGCGAGUGAACAAGAGAAAGAGAACCGUAGUCAGGACGUUUCUGCAAGUAGUUCGUGUGAGGAUAUCGAAAGCACCUUCAAUGUUGAUGACAAUAGCACAAUGCUCACGGACUCAUCAGCAGAUCUUCUUACUCAGAAGGGGCACGAAUCUCGGUUAAGACGUGCUAAACGGCAGCAACGUAGAGAGAAUCAUCUUUCUUCACAAAAGGUUAAACCACCCAACCAUUUCGGUCAUACCCGUGAUUUUCGUAGAUACUUCUUUUCAGAUCGUGUGAAAGAGAGUCGAAAUUUGGUGUCAACGGCUUGUUCUCCUAUCAUUUUUCCUAUAUCUCCUACUGAAACGAAGCGAGCUCAUGGAUCAGCAGUUGUUGGUGAAACUAUAGUGGUUUCCACUGGUCCGAUGUUGUCUCCAUCAUCCGAUGAACCGUCGAUCAAUUUACCCACGGAUCUCAAUACCACUCCUGCUCCUCCUAAACCUACAACAGUUCCUCCCGUCAAGAACCACUAUCACUCGACAAUGCAAACUCCAUCAGGCACGGUUACGGUGGUAACGAAGCAAAUAGCACCUAAAGCAAGCUUUGUGAAACCUUUUGGCGAUUCCAAAGCUGGACCUCAUGCUGAAGCAGGUGUCGUUUUUCGACAACCAUCCUUACCACCACAACCAGGGCAUCGGGAAGAAGUUUGCACAAAUACGUUCAAGAUGAUUCACGAUUCACAAAACAAAUUGAAGAGAACUACCGUUUUCGAUAUUCUUCUCGAUCGUCAUAUGGUCAACCCUAAGCAGUUGUCUUCCGCAAGGCUAACGAAACCGUUUGCGCUUGCUUUCCCACGAUCGACUUCUAUGACAACGUCAUUCGAUAGUGCCAUUUCGGACAAUCACUCAUUCGCAAAAUCCUCAAAGAUGCUGUCCCCAGGACGCGUCACUCCGAAUGAUGAACCGAAAGAUGGCUUGACAAGUGACGACGAUAUGUUUGCCUGUUCUAAUCAAAUGAAAUCGGCGAUCCUAAACGCUACAUCCGAACUAGACAUUAUACUUUCUGCUUUCAUGGCAGAGGUAGAUUAG